GUUGAGUUGAGCGAGCUGUCACUUUCAAUGAAAUGAAAACUUGUUUGAUUUUCUACGUAUUUGUGUUCUAAUUUAUUGUAAUUUAUUAACCUAAUUUGUAAAAGUCAACGAAAACACGUGAAUAUUUAUUUGCACCCUCGUUUGCCAACCAAAAAUGUUCGAGUAUUACUAGUGAAGAGGCCAUGGAACGGUUCCCCCUAAAGUCUUCGGCACCGAAAAUGAGCACAACGUACCAGUCGGUGUACAAAAAGGGUGGUGGGGGUGCGUCAAAUGGGCGCAACAUACACUCUGAAGAUGACAUGGUAGAUAUAACCCCUGGGCUGCAGCAGGCCGCCGAGACAACCCCGACCAACCACGGCACUUUUCAGCUAUACGAGCACGGGGGCAGAAAUUCUGCUGCCAGCGCUAACUCGUACAUCGCUCAGUACUUCAGUUCUACUGGGGACGCAGUUAUAUUUUCCGGAAUGCAAGGAGACGAUGACAUUCCCGGAAUUGGACAGUAUGAUGACUUUCACACAAUUGAUUGGCAGCGAGAUAUUGCUAGAGAUCGGAUGAGGCAUCGAUAUAUUGUUAAAAAGAGGCAGGAUUCACUAUGGGAUUUAAUAAAAGGCGCACACGACGCGUGGUCCGGAUGGGUGUGCGUGCUGCUCGUGGGUGUUUGCACGGGCGUGGUGGCCGGCGUCAUCGACAUCGGCGCCUCCUGGAUGACGGACCUCAAGUUCGGGAUCUGCCCUCAAGCGUUCUGGUUCAACCGGGAGCAGUGCUGCUGGUCUAGCAACGAGACGACGUUCGACCACGGGAACUGCUCGCAGUGGAUGACCUGGGCGCAAGUGUUCGGGGAGUCGCGCGACGGCGCGGGCGCGUAUAUCAUCAGCUACCUGUUCUACAUAGUGUGGGCGCUGAUCUUCGCGGCGCUUUCGGCGUCGCUCGUGCGAAUGUUCGCGCCCUACGCGUGCGGAUCGGGUAUCCCUGAGAUCAAGACCAUCCUGAGCGGGUUCAUCAUCCGCGGGUACCUGGGCAAGUGGACGCUGAUCAUCAAGGUCGUCGGGCUCAUCCUGUCCGUGUCCUCCGGCCUCUCCCUGGGCAAGGAGGGGCCUAUGGUCCAUAUUGCUAGCUGUCUAGGGAAUAUCUUGUCGUACCUGUUUCCGAAAUACGGCCGCAACGAGGCCAAGAAGCGCGAGAUAUUGUCGGCAGCCGCCGCCGCCGGAGUCUCUGUCGCCUUCGGAGCGCCCAUCGGAGGAGUCCUCUUCAGCUUAGAGGAAGUAUCGUACUACUUCCCUUUGAAGACACUAUGGCGUUCGUUUUUCUGCGCUCUGAUAGCCGCGUUCAUUCUGCGGUCAAUCAACCCGUUUGGCAACGAACACUCCGUCCUGUUCUUCGUGGAGUACAACAAACCGUGGAUAUUCUUCGAACUUAUUCCGUUUGUGGGAUUGGGGAUAAUAGGGGGGUGUAUAGCCACCAUAUUUAUAAAAGCGAACAUAUGGUGGUGUCGGUACCGCAAGUACUCGAAGCUUGGUCAGUACCCGGUCACGGAGGUCCUGGUGGUGACCCUGGUCACAGCGGUGGUGGCCUAUCCCAACCCGUAUACGCGCAUGAACACCAGCCAGCUGAUCUAUCUGCUUUUCAACCAGUGCGGGAUAUCCAAUUCGGAUCCUCUAUGUGACUACGAUCGGAACUUCACGGACGUGAGUUCAGCAAUAACUCGGGCUCCAGCCAAGCCCGGGGUGUACAACGCGAUAGGACUGCUGUUUCUGGCGCUGGUGCUCAAACUCGUGAUGACAGUGUUCACCUUCGGCAUCAAAGUACCGUGCGGCCUGUUCAUCCCGAGCCUGGCCCUCGGGGCCAUAGCGGGCAGGAUAGUGGGAAUAGGCGUGGAACAGCUAGCGUUCCACCACUCGAAGAUUUGGAUCUUUUCUGGGGAAUGCUCAACGGGAGACGACUGCAUAACGCCCGGCCUGUAUGCCAUGGUUGGAGCCGCGGCCGUGCUCGGCGGCGUGACUCGCAUGACAGUGUCCCUAGUGGUGAUAAUGUUCGAGCUGACGGGCGGAGUGCGGUACAUAGUCCCGCUGAUGGCGGCCGCGAUGGCGUCCAAGUGGGUGGGCGACGCGCUGGGCCGCCAGGGCAUAUACGAUGCCCACAUUGCUCUCAAUGGAUAUCCCUUCCUGGACAGCAAAGAUGAGUUUCAGCAUACGUCCCUCGCGGCGGACGUAAUGCAACCCAAACGCAACGACACCCUGGCGGUAAUCACGCAAGACUCGAUGACAGUGGACGACGUAGAGACGCUGCUCAAGGAGACGGAGCACAACGGGUACCCCGUGGUGGUGUCCAAAGAGUCUCAGUACCUGGUGGGCUUCGUGCUGCGCCGCGACCUCAAUUUGGCCAUAGCGAACGCCCGGCGUACUAUCGAGGGCAUCAGUGGGCAGAGCGCAGUGGUGUUCGCUGGCAGCGGGCCCGCGCCGGCCGGCCCGCCGCCGCCGCUGGCCCUACACCGCAUCCUCGACAUGGCGCCCAUCACCGUCACCGACCAGACGCCCAUGGAGACCGUCGUCGACAUGUUCCGCAAGCUGGGCCUGCGCCAGACGCUCGUCACGCACAAUGGACGCCUGCUUGGGGUCAUCACGAAGAAGGACGUACUACGCCACGUCAAGCAGAUGGACAACGAGGACCCCAACUCGGUCCUGUUCAACUAGCGGCCGCCGCGCGCGCGCGCCACCCCCGCCCCUACCCUCACCCCCGCUGAACUCGUCUCCUGCUACUUCUGAACCUCGCCCCACCCCGCACCAGCUCACACCACCUCACCCCCUCCACACCCCACUAUCCUUCCCGCGACAGCACAGUGGCGUCAGUGCGAAUACAUCGGAACUCAU